CAGGGAAGGGCUCCUGAUUUGCUCCAGCUUGGGGAGUGCAGGUCAAUCGUCUGGAGAAGGGAGCAGCUGCAGCCCAGGAAGGAUGGGAAUGUUGCUACGAGCAGCCGUGCUCCUGAGUUCCCUUCUCCUCUGCAGCGCUUUUUUGGACCUGAGUGGCCCCAGAGAGAUCAAAGCUGUAUGGAAGGGAUCUGUCACUCUGCCAUGUACCUACGUGCCUGUGGAAGACCUUGUGCAGCAAAGCCUCACCUGGUCUGUGGUGCAUGACCAGAGUUCAGGCACCAUCUUUCGCAGAGAUGGCUCUGAGGACCAUGUGCUCCUGUCUGAGUACAGGGCCAGGGUCAGUGUCCCAAAGGACACCCCAGGGAACGUGUCUCUCGUCAUCCUGAACCUGGAGAUCACUGACAGGGGAACCUACACUUGCCAGGUCACCUGGAGAGCCGGGAAUAACAGCCUGAUAGCAAAGGAGAUCACGACAAAAGUGGAGGUUGUUAAAGUGGCAGCCACCAAGCCCAUCAUCAGGGUUGGCGAGCUGGGGCUGACAGUCCCGGCCGGAGCCAGCACCAGCCUGACGUGCGAGGCCAGCGGGUCCCCCCCCAUCAGCUACCACUGGUUCCGGAGCAUCCCGGGGGGGAAAGUCCCGCUCCAGAGCAGCGGGGCCGAGCUGGUGUGGGACAACCUGCAGCCCUCUGACAGUGGGAUGUAUUUCUGCGAGGCAGCAAACAGGGUUGGGGCCGGAGUGGCCCAACAGAGCGACGUCGUGGAGCUGACAGUGACAGAUCUGCCCACAACAACAGCAGCCUUGUGGAGGGAUGUGGGAACCCCAGGGAGACACCACCUAAUCACAGAUCUGCCCAUAACAGUGACUGCAGUGACUUCUGAGAGUGGUGUGGGAUAUCCAGAGAAGAACUACACAACUCAGGAUUUCCAGAGGACCGGCCUGUCCCUGCACCUGGUCAUCCUGAUUGCUGUGGUGUGCGGUGCUGUGGUUUUCCUCAUCAUCUUUCUUAUCACUUGGAUUAGAAGGCCCAAAGAUGCUCAAGCCUAUGACGUAAAAUUCCAUAACUCGAGAGCAGCAGCUUCUUCAAGGCAUGAAAGCACAGGGCACUAUGAGGAACCCAUCUCCUUUACUGAAAACAACUAUGUGAUGGAGCCCCUGGAAAACAAAAGUGUUGAAGAAGUAAAUAAGAAUGCAUCUGAGUGUGUUGAAAACCGCCAGGAAUAUGAGUAUGAAGUAGGGGAUACUUCCUAAGAACCAGCAGUGCUCUGCAGGUACCAGUCCCGAAGAGCACCUUCACCCAGGCAAAAUUUAUCUUUCUUUUACCUUUGCCUCUGAAAAAUAGGUUGGACAUGCAGUGGUUGCUCUUCCUUCACAAUCCCUGCAGUGAAAAUGCACACCUCUUCAGGAACUUCAGUUACAGACUGCUGUAGAGAACUUCUGAUUUUGCUUUCCUUGGUUCCCUU